GAAUAAUCGUUCGAGCUUGGAAGAUGGCUGAUCUUGGGAAUUGGACCUUCGCCGAAGUAUUGUCAAUGGAUUCGUUCCACAUUGUUUUUCAGUAGCUGCAUCAUCGUGGCGCUCAAUUCUGUGUUGUGAUCGCUUCCUCAGCAAUUGGAAUUGAGAUGUGGGGCAGGAUUUAAUGGGGCGAGUUCCAAGGAAUCUGUUGUCGAGUGCCGUUAUGGUGUGAAGCUUCGGCGGCGAAUUUGGAGUACCGGAGGAAAGUGGCGUAAUUCUGAGAGGUGGGGUGGUGAAUGAAUGAGCUGGUUCGACCAUGAAUCGAGCCUCUUGGGUAGUGAUUCUUGGGGGCGGCACGGCGGGUGGGUAUGCGGCCUCGAAGUUUGUGAAGCACGCGCUGUGAGUCCUAGCCAUUUAUUUGUUUCUCCACAAGUCAGGACAUGGACUCAGGAAUUCCGAUCCGGGCUAAGUGUUUCGACUUCGUUUUGUGGAGAUCGUUUGCGAGAGAGAUUUGGAACGAAAGUCGAAGAGACUCAGACUCUACUGAAGUGGGCUUCAUUGUACGACCUUACUUGGACGACUUCAAAGAGCGACUCACGCUCGAGAAAUGCGCCGUCUUAGUGAAUUAUAAGUACCCUGUGUUGGGAACUUUUCCGUCUACGUAAUGACAGACGCGGCAGCCUCUCCAGCGCCUUUCCAUAGUGAUGUCAAGGGACAGUUGCAUGUCGUUCACGCUCACAUCUCUGCAGCUCAUGCUGUGCUUACUCAUUCUGAAAUGGAACGAAUUAAGCGAUCAUGACCACCUUCGUUCCCCUCCCUUGCCUUAAUGCUGCUGAGGCAAUUUUAUUGUGACAACGUGGGUGAGCCUGAGCUCAUCGGAAACCUAGUCAUAUAGUUCUAGGCUUCUUGGGUGCACAAUGGGAGGCUGUUGGGGCGUUUCUUCAUGGAAGUUCCAAAGUAGAGUUAGCUGCACUAGCAUAGGCUACCAGAGAACUACCCCAUUCAUAGGUUUCUGAUUUCUUACAGAAAUAGUGCCUGGACCUUGUACAUUCAACAGCCUAUGCCUCCGAUGUCGUGUAUCGGUCCCGCUACCACUGUUGAGAUUUGGACCUGACCUUGCAGCAGUCCAAGCCUUUCACAGCAGUAGAAUUGUCGGUAAUGACGUGGACGGCAGAAACCUAAUUUCUAUUGCCUACGUGGGAAGUCUUGUAAAACUACCAUCCGUUACGUUGAAUAGAGCGACCAAGCCAAAUGGUUCGAGAGUUUUUGUGUCGUCUUGUGGGUUGAAUUUAAGAGUUCGUUAUGGCAUGUACCACGUGGCAUGCCAUUCAAGUCGACACCUUCCUGAAGCUCCGCUGACGGAAAAACCUCGUCCACCAUUUUUCCGAAUUAAGUCGAGGUCAUCCAUCCGCAUUGCAAUCAGAAUCCUUCCAUAAUUCCGCAUCAUUCGUCCAUCGGUGUCGGUACUAUGCGGGCUAGUUUCCCAGACAGGAGUCCAUGAUUGCUGCCGCGAUUGUCACUCCCGACAAGUACUCGUCUGGGGAGGCGGGACAAGCUUCGGGGGGAAGGAAUGGUCGAUGUGAUCGAACUCCCAAGGCCCUGCCCGGCGGUUUCACUCUGUGCACGGCCGGCCGUUGACCGUGGGGUUCGAAGGCACAUGCGAUAGCGUACCUUAUUUUGUGUUUGUCAAGGUGGGGUGGAGAUGGCUUCCUCUGCAGAUGAUGGUGUUCUUGGUAGCUCCAGUAGGAGAUGGUGGUCAUGAUGAUGUUGGUGGUGCGAAAAAGGUGGAGAUGGCAACGCUGCUGAGCAAGAUGCGGUGAGGGUAGGGGUGAUGAGGAGGACGUGCGGUUGCGAGGGUGCAAAUAAGCUUGGGCCAGGGAGCUUCGACUGU